AUGCGUUUCCAAAUCGUUGUCGCCAUUUCCGCCGCCGCGCUCACCAGCGGCGCGCUCCUGGAUAGCCGGUCGUACUACCCCAACUGCCUCGUCGACUGCGUCUCCCGGGCCUCCACUGGCGGCUGCAGCGCCUCGGACACCACCUGCCUCUGCAACAGCCAGGAAUUCGUCAGCGCCGUCACCUCCUGCGUCCAGGGCGAGUGCGACUCGGCCGCGGUGUCCACCGCCGAGGAGGCCGCCCAGCAGCUGUGCAACGCGGUGGGCGUCACCCUCUCCAACCUCCCCACCGCCUCCGGGGUCGGCGCAACCAGCACCACCACCGUGACCUCCGGCGCCAGCCAGACCGGCUCGUCGGGCAGCACCGCUACGGGCGGGGCUGGAGGUGGCUCCGGCAGCUCGUCUUCUGGUGGCUCCGGCGCAGGAGCGUCCGUGUCCUCCGCCGUCGCGAGCGUUACGUCCGCUGCUUCGUCGGUGGCCGGCUCCGUCACCUCGGCGGCCUCGUCUGCAGCGAGCAGCGCGAGCUCCGCGCUCUCGUCAAUCACAGGCAGCCGCUCGAGCUCUGGCUCUGGCUCGUCCUCAGGGAGCGGUACGCAGACGGCGUCUAGCUCAUCCUCGACGUCGGAUGAAAAUGCGGGCUCGUCCGCUGGCAUCAGCAUCUUCGCCGCUGUUGCCGCCAUCCUGGGCGCGAUAGCCCUCUGA